CCUCCCCCGUAUCCCUCCUCUCUCCCGUCCCUCUCCCCCUCUCUCCUCCCUAGGGUUCGGGUCUCUCCUCCCCCGUCGCCAUGAUGCAGCCACCGCCGCCGUCGCAGCCGCAGCCGGGCAUGGGCGCCCCCAUGCCCCCGCAGGGCGCGGGAGGGCAGCCGCCGCACUGGGGCGCGAUCCCGCCGCCGAUGCCGCACUACGCGCAGCCGCCCCCGCAGCAGCAGCCGCCGCCGCAGGCCAUGUGGGGCCAGCCGCCGCCCCAGGCCGCGCCCUACGGCCAGGUGCCCGCCCCGCAGCAGUACUACGCCGCGCCGCAGGCCCCCGCCGCCCCCGCCGCCUCGGACGAGGUCAGGACGCUCUGGAUCGGGGACCUCCAGUACUGGAUGGACGAGAACUACAUCUACAGCUGCUUCGCCAACACCGGGGAGUUCCAAUCUGUGAAGCUUAUCCGUGACAAGCAAACUGGACAGCUUCAGGGCUAUGGCUUUGUCGAGUUUGCAAGCCAUGCAGCAGCUGAGCGAGUUCUUCAGACAUUCAAUGGUCAAAUGAUGCCAAAUGUUGAGUUGGCAUACAGACUGAACUGGGCCAGUGCUGGUGAAAAGCGUGAUGAUACCCCGGACUAUACAAUCUUUGUUGGGGAUUUGGCAGCUGAUGUUACAGACUACAUGUUACAGGAGACAUUCAGGGUACAUUACCCUUCAGUAAAGGGCGCAAAGGUUGUCACUGACAAGAUGACAAUGCGUUCAAAGGGUUAUGGGUUUGUGAAGUUUGGUGAUCCUACAGAGCAAGCUCGUGCCAUGACUGAAAUGAAUGGAAUGCCCUGUUCUUCCAGACCUAUGCGCAUUGGCCCAGCAGCAAAUAGGAAGACAACAGGGGUUCAGGAGAGAGUACCAAUUCCAAAUACAAAUACUCAAGGAGCUCAGUCUGACAAUGAUCCUAACAAUACCACCAUAUUUGUUGGUGGCCUUGACCCCAAUGUCACUGAAGAUGCCUUGAAACAAGUGUUUGCUCCAUAUGGGGAAGUUGUCCAUGUCAAGAUCCCUGUUGGGAAGAGAUGUGGCUUUGUUCAGUAUGCUAACAGGCCUUCUGCUGAGCAAGCUCUGCAAUUGCUGCAAGGGACCUUGGUUGGUGGUCAGAAUGUGAGGCUUUCAUGGGGACGAAGCCCUUCAAACAAACAAACUCAGCCUCAGGAAGCCACCCAGUGGGGUGCAGGUGCUGCUGCUGGUGCUGGUGGUGGUUACUAUGCUGGAUAUGGACAAGGCUACGAGGCUUAUGGACAAGGGUAUGCACAGCCUCAAGACCCUAACAUGUAUGGUUAUGGAGCCUAUGCUGGUUAUCCCAACUACCAACAACCAGCAGCGGCACCGCAGCCACCGCCACCACAACAGUGAGCUCUCCUCGUUGGGUCGUCCAGACAGAUGAGAACCCCUGUUUGAAGGCACUGUCAAGGCUAAUGUUGUAGCACCUGUCGAUAGAGAGAGACGGUUCCUGGACUCCGGAUUUUGAUUGCCCCAUGGCAAGGUCUAUUGUUCUGUUAUUAUGCACUAUGUUAUGAUCAGCUGUUGUCCGUCCCAUUGUGGUGAUCCUUUGGAUAUGUACUUGGAAACUUCGCUUUGUUUCGCCGCAUGUCCUUGUCUACUGUUAUUUACCAUUGCUAUCUUGUGCUGUUAAAUUAUAUACUACUAUUGUACCGUUUGCUUCCUGCUGCA